UCCGAAAUGAAGCUGAUGCUUUAUGUGGCAGUAAUAGUAGCAGCUCUUUCCUCUCUAUGUCUUGGAGAAGACAAAUGUGCAGGAGUUCCAGGAAUCCCAGGGACCCCAGGGGCUAAUGGCAUGCCUGGAAGAGAUGGAAGGGAUGGCAUGAAAGGUGAUCCAGGACCUCCAGGUCCUAUAGGCCCUCCUAAUGGUCUGCCUGGUGCUCCUGGAAGAGAUGGACUUCCUGGUUCACAAGGGCUGAAAGGUGAACCAGGAGAAAAAGGAGAGAGAGGGGAACCUGGACCAGAAGGCCGUCCUGCUUUUCUUGAUCCUGAAGUGCAGGAAAUCCUUAGAAGUUUGAAGCAAAGAAUCUUGAGUCUUGAAGGAGUUCUUGCUUUGAAAGGAAUGAUACGUAAAGCAGGAAACAAAAUAUUUGUUACUAAUGGAAAAGUGGUUGAUUUUGAAACCACACUCCAGACAUGCAACUAUUCUGGGGGGUCUGUUGCAACACCCAAGAACGACAUGGAGAAUAAUGCUAUUUUGGAGAUUGUGAAAGAGAUAAAUCAAUAUGCUUACCUGGGAAUCAAGGAGAGCACUGUUCAAGGAGAAUUUGAGUAUUUGGAUGGGACAGCUAUGAAUUAUACCAACUGGCGUCGGUAUGAACCAAAUGGCAAGGGGAAAGAAAAUUGUGUUGAGAUGCACAGCGAUGGAGGCUGGAAUGACAAAAAAUGUAACCAGUAUCGUCUCGUUGUCUGUGAAUUUUAAAUACAUUUUUCCAUUACAAAAUUCUGAAUUACAAAAAAUGAGCCAAUGUAAUUGUUGUGGGUUCUGGGGAUUUUAAUACAUCAGUUGUCACAGGACAACAAGUCACAGUGGUCUUUGUGACAGCUGAAAUGGUCAAUUGGGUACAAAGCCAUCAUUAAAUUAGUAGUGUAAGCAUGGUAGAAUCUGUUGCCUGUUAUGGAAUUGAUGAGUUUUUGAUGCAGACAUGGCAUGUGGAGUGAAGAAGAUCAAGAUUGCCAAGACUGCUGGAUGUUGAUUUAAAAAUUAAAUAAAGAUUUCUAUAUUACUUUUUCUCAAAGAUGAUGAAAUCCUUACAAAAUGAGAUGUGAAACAAAACAGAAACAUUUGAUCACAAGAGUAAUGUGAUAGGUGAUCUUCAUGGAUUGUUUUGGAGGGGGCAUGGAUUUUAUCUUUCUGUGGAAUUGAAUAAUUGGCAACAUUUCUAUGACAUUAAGAAAUAAAUAGAUGUCUGAGUAUA